CUGCGUCUUGUCGAAUAAAACAAGCAACAGAGACAGAGGAGUAAAACAAUGGCCGACUCCCUUUUGCAAAAGGCCACCUCUGCUCUUGGUGAAGCCAAACAAACCAUUAUCGCCUCUGCUGAAACCGCCAAGACCGAUGUCGUGAAGGAUGCAGUUGACAAUGUGGUGUCAAGAGGCAUAGAUGGAGCCAAAACCCUGUUGCACGGAUUGGAGGAGAAGAAAGAUGAAGUCUCCUCCAAAAUCUUAGGAGCUGUUACACACUUUACCGGUAGCGCUGACUCAGCAGCCACAACCGCAAACCGUGACUUACCCGUAUCCACAGACAAUCAGCCACUCCUAGCAGCAGGUGAUCGUGAGGUCGAGACGCCAUGGUGGAAGAACUGUUGUGGAGUUCUUGAUCUUCUCAAGGCAUCAUCAUCAUCAUCAGCUACUUGAAGACACUUCCAUGUGAAGAAACAGAGCAGAGAAAAAGAUCCCACCCAGUUUUUCAAACUAUGUUCUGAGUAUUUACUUCCGUUUUCUUGAGAGUGAUUUCGGAUUGUGUCGUUUACUUUUAAUUCCUCUUGCUGUUUUUCAUAAACUUCUGAGUUUUUU